AAAAGGGAUAGAGAAGAAAGUCGGUUUUCUUUGUGCGAUCUCACUAAACGAGUAUUCUUUUUUAUUUGAUAAGUUAUAUUAACUUGUAUGAUAUAUAGAACUGAGUUGUAAACACCAACAAUUAACGGGGAUGACAUCAUAAUGGAAACUAAUGGUGUUAUAACAUUUCAUCAAUGUACAAUAUGUGAUGAAAUUUUUCAACAUUUGUAUGAUUUAGAAAAGCACUACAAAGUGCAUGUUAAAAAAGAGAAAACUGCUGAUGUAGAUGAAUAUUGUCAUGUUAAAGAAGAGAAAACUGAUGAUGUAGAUGAAUAUUGUUAUGUUCGUUUCAAAGAAGAAAAAACUAAUGAUGUAGAUGAAUAUUGUCAUGUUAAAGAAGAGAUAUCUGAUGAUGUAGAUGAAUAUUGUCAUGUUAAAGAAGAGAAAACUGAUGAUAUGGAAACUGUUUAUCAGUGUAAUUUGUGUGAUGAAGAAUUUAGAUUAGAAACUGAUUUAGAAAAACACUGCGAAAAACAUGUUGAAGAAGAGGAAUCUGGUUUACAACAUGGUAAACAUUGGGAGAAAACUUUUAGCCAGAACAAUGAAAAAGAAAUACUCAAUUCACAAGAGUUUAAAAAGUGUGAUGUUUGUAGCAAAUCAUUUACUAACAAAUAUUACCUUAAAAUUCAUUUGAGGAAUCAUUCAGGCGCAAAACCUCAUAAAUGUGAUGUUUGUAGUAAAUCAUUCAUAUACACCAGUCAACUUCAGAGACAUAUAAAAAUUCAUACUGGUGUCAAACCCUUUACAUGUUAUGUUUGUAGUAAAUCAUGUACUAACAGUAGCGAUCUACAGAGACAUUUCAGAAUUCAUACAGGCGAAAAGCCAUUUAAGUGUGAUGUUUGUAGUAAAUCAUUUACUAGAAAUAAUCAUCUUCAGAAACAUAUGGGAAUUCAUACUGGUGAAAGGCCUUUUACAUGCGAUAUUUGUAGUAAAUCAUUUACUAACAGGAAUCAUCUAAAAAGACAUAUGAGAAUUCAUACUGGUGAAAAACCUUAUAAAUGUGAUGUUUGUAGUAAAUCAUCUAGUAACCGUAGCGAUCUACAGAAACAUAUGAGAACUCAUAGUGGGGAAAAACCAUAUACAUGUGAUGUUUGUCGUAAAUCAUUUACUGUAGUUUGUUGA